AUGGUAGAGUCUUCAAAAUAAAAGAAAUAAUUUGAAACCUACAAGAAAGUUUAAACACUCGGAACCGGCUCAUUCGGAACUGCAUACCUAGUCGAAUGUCAAUCUAACAAUGAUAAGGCAGUAAUUAAACAGAUCGACAUCCAAGCUAUGUCUGAGGAUGAGAGAAAAGAGACUUUGAGAGAAGCUAAAAUCUUGGAGGUUCUUAACCAUCCAAACAUAGUAAGAUUUAGGGAAGUAUAUAAGACCAAAAAAGGAAAGCUGUGCAUCGUAAUGGAUUUUGCUGAUGGUGGAGACCUUUAGGGGAGGAUCAAAGAAAAACAUAAGAAGAGAUAGACCACAGGAACAUUGGAACACUUCCCUGAAGAUUUAGUACUGAGCUGGUUCACUCAAAUAUGCCUAGCCCUGAAACAUUGCCAUGAUAGAAAGAUUCUUCAUAGAGAUCUUAAGUCUCAAAACAUUUUCUUAACAAAAAGAAACAUAGUAAAGCUUGGAGAUUUUGGUAUUGCUAGAGUAUUAUCAAACACUAAAUCAAUAGCUAAAACUGUAGUAGGAACUCCCUAUUAUUUAUCCCCAGAGAUUAUUGAAAGCAGCCCAUACUCCUUCAAGUCUGAUGUUUGGUCACUAGGAGUCUUACUUUAUGAAAUGUGCGCUCUCUAACCUCCUUUCAACGCCUAAUCUCUUCAUUAACUCGCUCAAAGAAUAGUAGCUGGUAGGUUUGAUAAGUUGCCAAAGUAAUAUUCGAAUAACCUGAAUUAGCUAGUUUCAAGUCUUUUGGUCAAAGAGCCUGCUAGAAGACCAUCUAUUAAUCAAAUUCUGAAGCUACCAUUUAUCAAGAGUAGAAUCAACCAGUUCUUGGACGAUUAGGACUUUAAGGAUGAGUUUUCGCAUACUCUUUUACAUAAUCAUGAUGUCUUUAAAGCAUUCUAGAGAAAACUUGAAGAAGAUAAAGUUAAAAAGGAGAGAGAGGAAUAAGAGAAAAAGUAAUUGGAGGAGAAACAAAGACAACAAGAGAUGCAAAACUAGAUUUUGGCCAAUGUUAGAAGACAAUAGGAAGAAGAAGAAGCUAGAAAAAAGAUGGAGUAACUUUAUAUCAAUCAAUAUAGAGCUCCAGAUGCCUAUUACAAGGAGUAUAAGGACUAAGAUUUCUUCAAUUACCAGUAUAUGAAUUAUGUGAACUAGCUCAAUCAAGACAUGCUCCAGGAUGACAAUUAUGAUCCCCCUUAUUAGCUCCCACUAGAAAAGGGUAGUCAUGCAUCACAAUCUUCUGCAAACGAAGAUAGAGAGGAUGAAGAAGCAUCGAAAGAUUAAGUAUAGGAUGUUCCUAUAUAAGAAGCUAUUAAUCUAUACACCUGCGAUUUCACAUAAUUCGUAGAACACAUGAGCUAGCAAUAUGGAGAGUAGCAGUUCAAUGAAGGCUUUGCUAUUAUCUCAAGGUACAAGGAAUUGAUUUACAGUGAAGAAGGAGAAGAGCAAUUAGUCAAAAAGCUCAAGCAUCUAUUCGCUAGUGAAGAAUUAAUUAGAGGAUUCCUUAAUUUCUGCACCUCAUUCAUCAUAGUCUAGAAUUACAGCCAAAAUAUUUGA